AUGAAGUUGACGACAGAACUGCACCUAAUCUUGGCUCUGGCAGCUGAUGUUGUUUUUGGCUGGACCCACGCCAGCGAGGCAAGCUUAAGGAAAGCUUUGAGAUCCAAUGAGUACACGUUGAAAUGGUCCGCGGACAACAGAGAUGCGAGCAAAGCGCUAGAGCCACAAUGGAUCAAAAUACAAACAACGGAACGUGACAACAACGUGGUCAGCUUUGACUGCGGCGCAAAGAGGAAGAUUUGCGACGAGCUCGACGUCGCGUCGUACCCAGCUAUCCGCCUAUACCACCAAGAUGGCAGGAUGGACAGGUUUCGAGGGAUGAGGACGGCGUCAGAAAUCGUCCCAUUCCUCCGCCGAGCCCUCCGCCCGACAAUCUCGACGCUCACCGACAAAAACAUGACCUCUUUCGUCGGGGUCGACGACGUCGUUUUCGUCGCAUACCUUGAAUCCGGCGACGAGUCCCUCGAGCGUCGCUUCCUCGCGCAGGCCGCUGCGCUCCGAGACCGAUACUCGUUUGCCAUCGGCCCGUCGCCCGACCCGGGACUGCAGUCAACCGUGGCCUGCUACAACAAUCGCGAGGGCGAGCAGCGUGUGCAUGCAGACUUUGAAGGCAUCUCUUCGCUCCAAGACUUCAUCGAGAUUUGCGCCAGGCCGAGCAUUCACGAGAUGAACAGGCGCAACGAGCUACAACUCAUGCAGUCGGGCAAGAGUCUCGUCAACUACGUCUUCGCCUCGGAAGAAGACCGCGAGCUCUACAUCAAGACCAUGAGGCCGCUGGCCAAGAAGUACAUGGAUUACCUGAUAUUUACCACCAUCAAGGCCGAAGAGUACCCAGACUUUGGGCCCGGCCUCGGCCUCGGGCAGGGCACGGGCGUCUCGGUCAUGAACCCCGCCAACGGCGACGUCUUUCCGUACCUUCGCCCGGAGCGCAUCUCUGCGCUUUCCAUCGAGGAGUUUCUGAUCGACAUCAUCAACGGCCAGGUCAAGCCGUGGGGCUCAGAGGAGGAGAAACAGCAGGUCGUCAACGGCGGGUUUCAGGGGCGGGCCGCUGGGUCGGGCAAGGCUGCCUCCUGGACGGCGCAUGGAACAAGGAUGCACGAGGAGUUGUGA